GCGUAUGACGUCACGCUGUGAUGCUGAUGUUGCUGCGGCAGAGGAGUGCAGAGGAGCCGCCAACAGAAGCCCCUCGACACGGAAGACAGGACCGGCCUUUCUCCGCCGUGUUGCCGGCAAAAGGAGGAUGCCCUCGCUAUCGGAGCAGCUGCGUGAGGCGCGCAGCCAGGCGGAGGUGUGCCUGUACUCGGGCAGCAGGGUGCUGGAGGUGCGUGCAGGUGUGAUGGCCAUGGCUCUGCUGCCCUUACCACCCUGCUCCAAAUACCUGCACAUCGCUGCAGAGAGCAUGGUGGUCCACAACAGCUUUGGCAGCAACAGGAAGGAGACGCUGGCCUCUCUGCAGCGCUUGUCCACGGCCUUGAACAUCCUGGAGAAGUACGGCUGCAACCUGACCAACCCCAACAGACCCAAGUACUGGAGGACCGUCAAGCACAACAACCCAGUCUUCAGAGCCACCGUGGACGCCAUCCAGGGGGGGCGGGCCGUGCUGGGUCUCUAUGGUUACUCCAAUCAGCAGCCGGACGGCCUCAGCUUCCCCGAUGACAUCACCGACCCCGACGUGGGCCGAGUGGCCGCCGUGGCCGUGGAGGUGAUGAGUCUCAGGAUGGAGCUGGAAAUGCUCAUCAAGGAGACUCACCAGCAUCCAGAAUUCUACGAGAGGGUCAUCCCGACGCUGAGACACAAGGAAGUGGGUCUGAACACGGACGCUGUGGUGGGCACCUCAUCUCUCCAACCUCAGAGCAAGUCACUGGUCUUCCCUCUGCAGCGUGUUAGCUCCUUCAGUCUCACACCCACCUCUCCCUCCCACACACACCCAGAGAACUGCACCAUGUGUGGAAUAUUCCGUGUGAGCGUGCAUUGUCUGAGCUGCCUGCAGGGUCUGUGUGGAGAGUGUGACCGCCUCUACCACGACCACCCUCACAGAGACAAACACCACCGCACCACCCUCACCUCCUCUUCAUCAUCAUCAUCACCACCACCGCGUGGCCCCAGUGGACACACUCAAAGUUCUCCCACCUGGCAUUGCCUUCAGUGCACAAAGGUCAACUGGUCCCAGGAUGUGCUCUGUGAGGACUGCGAGGCUCCUCGCUACCAAGCCCUGAGCUGUGCAGCGGAACACUCCCAGCCUGCUACCGUCGCAGAGUGGCAGUGUAGGAGCUGCACAGUCAUCAAUGCAGGUGUCAGUGUGUUGUGUGAGGUGUGUGACCGACCACGUCUAGCGACCAGACCUCCACUGACUCCAUCACACCCUCCUGUCACACCACCCAGACCACCUGCACCUGUGCUGGGCAUGCCUGGAGAUCCUGACAGCCAGUGGGUGUGUCAGUUCUGCACCUACCUCAACUACUCCCCCGCCACCGUGUGUGAGAUGUGUGACCUGGCGCGCCCGGAGCCCGCCCCUCUGCCGGCCAAGCUCCGCCCUCCCUCCCCGGUCAGGCGGGUGCCCGCCCUGCCGGUCAAGCGCAAAGUGAGCGCCCAGGAAGACCUGGACUCGUGUAGGCAGCGGCGGCUGAAGGAGGAGGGGCUAAAACUCAUCCAGCUGAUACGUGAGGGGGAGAAGGUGGGCAUGAGUCCUGAGGAGGUCUACACCUGCACCAGGGUGGCAGGAGAUAGUCCCCUAGUGGCCUGCAGGUGGAUCAAGUCUGAACUACCUCUGCACUUGGACAAGAUCAUCAUGUUGGCAGCAACCUUGUCAAGCAGGCUGCAUGGAGCUUCCACUGAUGUUGCUGCCAAAGUGGGUGAGGGGAAGCCCACAGGUGUGCUCCACCUGUCCAGAGCAGAGGCCAAGCAAGGCUGGCUGACAGCAGGGGGCGCCACUGAGAGAGCAGCCAGACAGGCACUGAGGGACAGACUGGCCAAGGUAAAGGCGCUGGUGUCCCUGGGCUUCAGUGAGGAGUCACAGUGUCACGAGGUCUUGAGACUCAGUGGUGGUCAGCUGAGAGCAGCUCUCACUCUUCUGCAGCGCCCUCUGCUGGACACUUUUCAUCAACGCAUCUGGAGCCAGCAGCCUCAACCUCCACUGGACAUACACCAUCCUGACAAGCAGCGCACGUGUCGCAGGCUGCUAGCCGUGUAUGACCUCCCCAGCUGGGGCCGCUGUGAGCUGGCACUGUCCCUCCUCCUGGAGCACAACGCCCCCUACGCCCUGGAUGAUGUGGUGCAGGCGGUCAGAGAGUCACAUGACCGGGACUUCAUCAAGAGAGUUCUGGCCAAGGAAUGUCCCAUCUGCCUCUCCGUCUUCCCCCACAGCAAAAUGCAGUCCCUGACGUCCUGCCAGUGCUCCGUCUGUUGCGGAUGUUUCCAGCAACACUUCACCAUCGCUGUGAGGGACAAACACAUCCGAGACAUGGUGUGUCCCGUCUGCUGGGAGCCCGACAUCAACGACCCCGAACACCUCAACAGCUACUUCUCCACCUUGGACAUCCAGCUGAGAGAAUGUUUGGAGCCAGAAGUCUACGAGCUUUUCCACAAGAAGCUGACAGAACAAGCUCUCAUCAAAGACCCCAAGUUCCUGUGGUGCUGUCACUGUUCCUACGGCUUCAUCUACGAUGGAGACCAGCUGAAAGUCACCUGCUUCCAGUGUCGCAACACUUUCUGUGCCCACUGCAAGAAGCCCUGGGAGUCCCAGCAUGCAGGACUGUCGUGUGAGCAGUACCAGUGGUGGAAGAGAGAGAACGACCCAGAGUACCAGAAGCAAGGUCUGGCGGGAUACUUGCGGGACAACGGCAUCACGUGUCCCAACUGCCGCUUCCAGUACGCCUUGUCCAAAGGAGGCUGCAUGCACUUCUGCUGCUCGCAGUGUCGCUACCAAUUCUGCAGUGGUUGCAACAACCCUUUCCACACAACGUGUGCAGUGGAGGAGUGCACAGUAUCAGGACUACAUGCUCAUCACCCCAGAGACUGUCUCUUCUACUUGAGGGACUGGGAACCUUCUAGACUGCAGGCGCUACUCCAGAAGAAUGGUGUUACCUUUAAUACUGACCCUCCUCCUGGAACACAAACAGGACUGUGCGGGGUGAUCGAGCAGAAGGACGAUGGAGGCCAGCAAGCGGACUCGGCCUGUGGAGCACACACCCAACCGGGACACGCCGGACUCUGCGAGAAGCAUUACAGAGAGUACCUGGUCAGCCUGAUCAACAGCAACUCCUUAGACCCGGCUCACCUGUACAGCUCCAACGAACUCCUGCUGGCCUGCCGCAGGUACAAGGUGGAGGACUCCCGCACCGAGGCUGAAGAUGGAGUACUUUACUACAGCCGGCUGAUGGAGAAGCUGAUGGCUGAAGUUCCACUCGGUGACAAAGUUCCACGCAAGAAAUAAUAAGUUGAUGAUGAAGAUGAAGAAGAAGAUAAUGAUGAUAAUGAUGAUGAAGAUAAUGAUGA